AAUGUUCUCCAAAAUCGUGGCUCUUUGUGCGUUCGUGGCGGUUUCCCAUGCGGGUCUCUUGCCUAUGCCCCACUACUCCCACGCCGAAGCCGUCUCAUCCCAAAGCAUCGUACGUCACGAUGAGCAGCCCCAUCACUCCCCCAAGUUGAUCGCCGCUCCCGUCGCCAAGCUGGCUGUCGCCGCCCCCUUCGCCUACCAAACCGCCCCCGCUCCCGUUGUCUACCACCACGCCGCUCCCGCUCCCGUCGCCUACCACGCUGCUCCCGCCAUCCACUAUGCUGCCCCCAUCGCUAAGGCUAUUGCUCACCACGAGGAAGAAAUCGCAUACCCCAAAUAUGAGUACACUUACUCAGUGGCUGACGGACACACCGGCGACAACAAGUCCCAGCAGGAGACCCGCGACGGAGAUGUCGUGAAGGGCUCGUACUCUUUCCACGAGGCUGACGGCUCCAUCCGCACCGUGGAGUACACCGCUGACGACCACAACGGCUUCAACGCGGUGGUGCACAACACCGCUCCCACGCAAGCGCACGCCGUCCUCAAGGCCGCUCCUGUCCUAGUCAAGGCUGCUGCACCCGUCUACUACCACCACACGGGCGCAGCCUUGACUAGGACAGGAGCGGCCUUGAGGAUGGCGGGCGCGUGCGUGGGGGCGGUGUUGUGCACCACCGCGUUGAAGCCGUUGUGGUCGUCAGCGGUGUACUCCACGGUGCGGAUGGAGCCGUCAGCCUCGUGGAAAGAGUACGAGCCCUUCACGACAUCUCCGUCGCGGGUCUCCUGCUGGGACUUGUUGUCGCCGGGCAAACUACAGGGACGAUUGGAUCUUGUUGAUAUUUUAUUUUUGUACAAAACUUACGAUUUCUUCCUCGUGGUGAGCGACGACUUUAGCAAUGGGGGCGGCGGCGGCGUAGUGAACGGCGGGAGCAGCGUGGUAGGCGACGGGAGCGGGAGCGGCGUGGUGGUAGACAACGGGAGCGGGGGCGGCUUGGUAGGCGAAGGGGGCGGCGACAGCCAGCUUGGCAACGGGAGCAGCGAUCAGCUUGGCGGAGUGAUGGGGCUGCUCAUCUCAACAAACAAUAUGUUCUCCAAAAUCGUCGCUGUGUGCGCCUUUGUAGCGGCAGCCCGGGCUGGCCUUAUUGCCGAGCCUCACUACUCCCACGCUGGAGCUGUGUCAUCUCAAAGCAUCGUGCGUCACGACGAGCAGCCCCAUCACCCUGCCAAGCUGAUCGCCGCUCCCGUCGCCUACCACGCCGCUCCCGCUCCCAUCGCCUACCACGCCGCCCCCGCCCCCGUCGCUUACCACGCCGCUCCUGCCCAGGCUCACUACUCCUCUGCUGGCGCUGUGUCCUCCCAGAGCAUCGUCCGUCACGACGAGCAGUCCCAUCAUGCCACUAAGCUGAUCGCCGCUCCCGUCGCUAAAGUCGCCGUGGCUGCCCCCAUCUCCUACCACGCCGCUCCCGCACACUACGCUGCCAGCCCCGUCCACUACGCCGCCCCUAUCGCCAAGGUGCUCGCGCCCGCCCCCAAGCUGAUCGUCUCUGCCCACCAUCAUGAGGAGGAAUACGCCCACCCCCAAUACGAGUACUCUUACUCCGUGGCUGAUGGACACACCGGCGACAACAAGUCCCAGCAUGAGUCCCGCGACGGCGACGCCGUGCACGGCGAGUACUCUCUGCUGGAGGCCGACGGCUCCGUGCGCAAGGUGCAGUACUCCGCCGACGACCACAACGGCUUCAACGCGGUGGUGAGCCACUCCGCGCCCGCGCACGCCGCGCACGCGCCCGCCCUUCUCGCCCACCACGCGUUAGUGGUGGGCGAGAAGGGCGGGCGCGUGCGCGGCGUGCGCGGGCGCGGAGUGGCUCACCACCGCGUUGAAGCCGUUGUGGUCGUCGGCGGAGUACUGCACCUUGCGUACGGAGCCGUCGGCCUCCAGCAGAGAGUACUCGCCGUGCACGGCGUCGCCGUCACGGGACUCAUGCUGGGACUUGUUGUCGCCAGUGUGUCCAUCAGCCACGGAUACACUUACGUAUUCCUCCUCAUGAUGGUGGGCAGAGACGAUCAGCUUGGGGGCGGGCGCGAGCACCUUGGCGAUAGGGGCGGCGUAGUGGACGGGGCUGGCGGCGUAGUGUGCGGGAGCGGCGUGGUAGGAGAUGGGAGCAGCCACGGCGACUUUAGCGACGGGAGCGGCGAUCAGCUUAGUGGCAUGAUGGGGCUGCUCGUCGUGGCGGACGAUGCUCUGGGAGGACACAGCGCCAGCAGAGGAGUAGUGAGCCUGGGCAGGAGCGGCGUGGUAAGCGACGGGGGCGGGGGCGGCGUGGUAGGCGAUGGGAGCGGGAGCGGCGUGGUAGGCGACGGGAGCGGCGAUCAGCUUGGCAGAGUGAUGGGGCUGCUCAUCGUGACCUCACCCGCUAUGCUUAUCGGCGGAGUAAUGCACGAUCCUGACAGUGCCGUCGGGCUCGUGCAGGCUGUAGUAGCCCUUCACGACGUCGCCGUCGCGGGACUCGUGCUGGGACUUCUUGUCGCCGGUGUGCGGGUCCUCCACCUUGUACUCGAACUCGUAUUUAGGGUGUGCGUAGUAGUCGUGGUGGCCUUCGGGCGCCUUGCCGGGCACGUCGUGGCGCUGGAUGUUUUGCGACGAGACGGCAUGGUGGUGGUCAUGGUGAGAUUCAAUAUGGGCGGGCUGGUGGUAGGACACUACAAGCGCCGGCUCGUGGUGUUCAUGCUUGUGUUGUUCGUGCCCAUUAUUAUGAUGAGUCUGCCGUGGCUGUGGCCCGUCCCCAACAGGGACACGGGCAUGACUCUUACCACCACAAACGCCGUCUCGUCACAGCACAUCCAGCGCCACGACGUGCCCGGCAAGGCGCCCGAAGGCCACCACGACUACUACACGCACCCUAAAUACGAGUUCGAGUACAAGGUGGAGGACCCGCACACCGGCGACAAGAAGUCCCAGCACGAGUCCCGCGACAGCGACCUCGUGAAGGGCUACUACAGCCUGCACGAGCCCGACGGCACUGUCAGGAUUGUGCAUUACACCGCUGAUCACAAGACAGGAUUCAACGCUGUUGUUACCCAUGAAGGACACGCCAAGCACAUUGUUCCUAGUCAUCACCACUGAUUCUGCGAUUAUACUUA